AAUGGACGGCAUUCCUGAUUUUAUCCCCUCAACUCUUGUACCGUCUGGUGCCUACUUAAAAUAGCCCGUCCCAUACGUCUGCAUCUAACAUAGCAACCGCCAGCUUCUGUCUAUUCAUCUGAAUCGAUCUUCCUACCUGAUCUUACCUGUUCCAGCAUUCAAAGUGCCCCAGAAAGCAACCGAAUCAUGGCUCCCCCUUACGACACCAACACCACCGCCGACGAGCUGGUUAACGACUUCGCGGCCGAAAUCAAGGGCAAGGUCGUCCUCACCACCGGCGUAACCCCCGGCGGUCUCGGCGCCGUUUUCGUAGAGACCGUCGCGAAAGCCCAACCGGCCCUGCUGAUCCUGGCCAGCCGCAACGUGGCAAAGACGCAAGAGACGGCCGACGCCAUCACCUCCUCGCACCCCAACGUGGCCGUCCGCGUCCUCCAGCUGGACCUCGUCUCGCCGGACUCCGUGCGCGAGGCGGCCUCGAAGCUCAACGGCUGGGACGACGUCCCCUCCAUCGACGUACUGGUGAACAACGCGGCCGUCAUGGCGACCGACUACGCCGUCACGCCCGAGGGCAUCGAGAGGCAGUUCGCCACGAACCACUUGGGCCACUUUCUCUUCACGAACCUCAUCAUGGGCAAGAUCCUCAAGUCGGCGUCGCCGCGCGUCGUGAGCGUGAGCAGCAGCGGUCAUCGAAUGAGCCCGAUCCGCUGGGGUGACCUCAACUUUGACAAGGACGCAACCUACAACGGGUGGCAGGCCUACGGGCAAUCCAAGACAGCCAAUAUCCUGUUUGCGAUUUCCUUGGCGGAAAAACUUGGCCCCAAGGGGCUUCUGGCGCUCAGUGUCCAUCCCGGGGUGAUUUUUACCACCGGCCUCGGCACGCACUUGGAUUUCGCCAAGGAGUCGCAAGACAUCGUGAGCAUCCACAAGAGGCUCGGCAACCCCGAGGCCUGGACACAAACCGAAUUCAUCUCGGCCGAGCGAGGCACUGCCACACAUGUGUUCGCAGCUUUUGCCCCGAGUUUGAAGGACCACAAUGGGGCGUAUCUGCUGGAUUCGCGGGUUGCCGACCCAUUUGGAGACGAGGUGAUGGCCUGGGCCACGAGCAAGAUCGAGGCAGAAAGGCUUUGGAAGUUGAGCGAGAAACUUGUCGGCCAGAAGUUUUCAUUUUGAGUGCAGGAUUUCGACGAGUGAUGAGGGUGUACGUGGAGAAUGAAGUGCCAGUGUGAUUCUCUCAACUCCCCUAAGCUUUUUCAUGAUGGGUCGGGCCACUGCAGUCGGCCAAGACAACCAUGCCAAAGACAGUCAAGCGUGCGUAAUCGGUCGGCAGAUAGAAGCGGACCGGUGAACGCAUUAAAAAUGAGAUCAAUGGAAAGAUGUUGCUCCAC